AUGAUUGAUGGAGUUGGUACAGGGGAUUUUGAUGUGAUGGGUGUUGGCGAGUCCCCUUCUUUAGGUGGUGGAUUUGUGAAUGUUGGAGGUUGCUCAACUGGCGACCAUGAAAUAGGCGCUUUUGGGUCUACCGGUGUUGGUGGAUUCCCUUGUUCAGUUGGUGGGGUUGUGAAUAUUGGGGGUCGUUCAACUGGCGACCAUGGUAAAGGUGCUUUUGAUUCGAGGGGUGUUGGUGCAUGCCCUUGUUUAGGCGAUGGAGGUGUAGAUGGUUGUUCAAUUGGCGAUGAUGGUGAAGGUGAUGUUGGUUUUAGGGUUGUUGGCGGGCUCCCUUCUUCCGGUGAUGGGAUCGUAGGAGGUUGUUCGAUUGGCGACCAUGGUGAAUGGGAUUUUGGGGGGUUCUCUUUGAUAGGCGAUGUUGGAGGUUGUUCGACUGGCGACAAAGACGCCGGUGGAGGAGAUCUUAUAAUUUGUUGGGGUGGUGGAGAGGUCAAAUCGUGUGGAGGAGGUGAAAUUGGUGUUGGUUUUGUCUUAGCAUGA